AUUAUGUGCCAUCUGUGGAUAAUUUGGAUUUCAUCAUGGAGAGUGAGGCACUAGGCCAUACGGUUAUGGAUCAAAGACAGGGACAUGGAAGUUUGGUUGCUGUCGCUGAAAAACUUACACUUGAAGAAAUAAAUUCUACUGGUGCAAUAUCUAACUUUGGAAAACCUAAUGCACCCUCUCCAGCAGCAAUCGUUGCAUGUGUUCCUAAAAAUGUGCAUGUUGAUGAAGUCGGUGAAACUGAGUUUAGAAUUUCUCCAUCUGAAAUUACUGCUGCUAUAAAAGCAGGUUUGGACUUUGGAGGGGCCUAUAGAUGCUGAACCAGAGGUUUUCUUUCUA